CCAAUGGGCGCGGAGGACGCCGGGGGGGACACGGCCAAGGUGACGCUCCCCCCUCAGAGCCGCCGCUGCCGCCGCCCCGAGCGGACCCCGCGCAGAUUAACAAAAUGCAGGCUCCCGUGGCACUUCUCAGCUCCCCGGCACUGUUCCGAUGCUGCUCCAGGGCUCUGGCCAGGCCCGUUUCAGUGUCUGUUUUCAGCAGGCCUGAGGCUCAGACUGCACAGGCAGCUGCUGUACCCUCCCCACAGCUGCUCCGACGGGACUUCCAGACCAGCGCCGUGUCCCGGGACAUCGACACGGCCGCCAAGUUCAUCGGGGCCGGGGCUGCCACGGUGGGGGUGGCGGGAUCAGGAGCGGGAAUUGGGACCGUCUUCGGCAGCCUCAUCAUCGGCUACGCCAGGAAUCCCUCCCUCAAGCAGCAGCUCUUCUCCUAUGCCAUCCUGGGCUUUGCCCUGUCCGAGGCCAUGGGGCUCUUCUGUUUGAUGGUGGCAUUCCUGAUCCUCUUCGCGAUGUGACAGCUCCCGGGCCGGCUGCGGCUCCCAGCGCUCCGUCCUCCGCCACUGGAGCCUCUUUCCAUCACAGCGUUCCAGACUGACCAUUAAAGAAAAGAUUUCUCUAAAUAAACUGGUGGCUUGGUU